UGGUGGCUAUGAGUGCUCUGCAUGGCAGGGAGCCCUUUGCAGUGGCAAUGGGGGGGCCCUGUGUGGUGGGGGGGCCCUGCCCAGUGGCUGUGGGGAGCCAUGUGCCCCACAUGGUGAGCACCCUGUUCGGUGGCGUCCCUGUGCAGUGUGUACCCCCGUUCGGAGGGUCGCUCUGCGUGGCAGCUGGGCCUGUGCUGGUUGACACAGGCCCCGCCACAGGUAUGAGCUUUAGUUCUUGCCGGCGCUUGAAUGUUAGGUGGGGUGGGGGAGUGCACUGCCUCAUUUCAUGCUGUUUCCUUUUGGCUGCUCCCUCGGCCUUGUUUUCACUAUUUCCACAGGUUUACGGCGAAGGGUCCGGGCUGGACUGUAGGCUCCAUGUCCAAAAAUUAAACUUGCUGCAGGGUGAGGCGGAGGAAGCACUUAGCUGGACAUCUCGGUACACAGAAGAAUCCGUAGACGACAACAAGAAUAUAGCAGUCCAACGUGAAGACAGUUUGGUCCAGCAGGAAGGAAAGGCAGAAGUCAGUCGCUGGAGUAAAUAUCUGGACCAGGGCAAUGAAACUCAGGCAGAUGAGGAGGAGGAAUCGGGAGGUACAGAAAGGCAACAGUUCUGCUCCCGGAGGAAGAACACUGUGGAAGAACAAAGGAAACACCAGAACAGCUUCCCCUACACUGAUGUUCAGGAGUUGUCAGAGGAAAAUGGAGCUUUCCAGGUUGCCUCCCAAGCCAAAAAGCGCAAGCAAUGUUCAGUAGCAGUGCCUAAUCAAGGUGAUGGAGAAGCUGUUUGUGGAGAUAGUAUGAUUCCUGCUCUUUGUGAGUCCUUGGUGUCUGAGGGGAAUACGCAAACCCCAGCUGCUUCUAUCAAGCCCUCAAAGUGGGAAAAAUUUCUCUCAUGUUCUGACAGCUGUAGUGAAAAUGCUGCCAAGGUCACCUUGUCACCACAGGAGGGCAGUAGAAAGGUGGGGCUGCACAGCACCACUGCAGCAGACAUCUUUAUGGCCAGUAGCUAUUCCAAACAGGCUGGAAACUUUCUACCUCCAGGUGUAGGCACUGAGUUUAAAAAGAGCCCUGCUAGUACUGAGCAGCUUGUCUCAGAACUGCCUCGUACUGUGCUGCCUGGCAAUUGCUCAGAUGAUGUGGUGUUCAAAGAACCUCAAGGCCAUUUGAUAAGGGCAGGAAGGUGCCAUGUGACUCGCACUGUAACACCCCUUUGCCCUCCUGCAACUACCUCUGUUAUCUCCAACCCUGGGCUAAAGCCCUCUAGCAUUUCACAUGAACACCUGUUCUGCACAGGUGAUGAGUUUGAUGAUGAUCUCUGAGAAGCUCUGGGAUCUUUGUCCUUGCUUUCCUGUUUGCAUGCCUACAAUUUAUUUUGUACUGUUGAAUACUGAGACUAGGUUUUCCACUCAGGCAUCUAACCCUUUCGGAACUGCACUAUUAAAGUUGUUAAUUUGCUCUA